CCAAUUUUUCCCGGAGCUUGGGGAUGUCCACUCGCGGUGCCAUGGUCCUGAGGAACAGCGGGCGGCGGCGCACGGAGCCGGAGGUGGACGGCGAGGCCAGCCGGGAUGAUGGCCCCUCUUCCUCAGCAUCUGCGCUCAAGCGCCUGGAGAGGAGUCAGUGGACAGACAAGAUGGACUCAAGGUUUGGUUUUGAGAGGCUGAAGGAGCCUGGUGAAAAGACUGGCUGGCUUAUCAAUAUGCACCCUACUGAGAUUUUAGAUGAAGAUAAACGCCUAGUCAGUGCAGUGGAUUACUACUUUAUUCAAGAUGAUGGGAGUAGAUUUAAGGUGGCCUUGCCCUAUAAGCCAUAUUUCUACAUUGCAACUAGAAAGGGUUGUGAGCGAGAAGUUUCAUCUUUUCUCUCCAAGAAGUUUCAGGGUAAAAUUGCCAAAGUAGAAACUGUCCCCAAAGAGGACCUGGACCUGCCAAAUCACUUAGUGGGUUUGAAGCGGAAUUACAUCAGAUUGUCCUUUCACACUGUGGAAGACCUUGUCAAAGUAAGGAAGGAGAUUUCCCCUGCUGUGAGGAAGAACCGGGAGCAGGACCAUGCCAGCAAUGCGUAUACAGCAAUGCUCUCCAGUGUUCUGCAAGGGGGAAGUGUAAUUACUGAUGAAGAGGAAACCUCUAAGAAAAUAGCUGACCAAUUGGAAAACAUAGUGGACAUGAGAGAGUAUGAUGUUCCCUACCAUAUCCGCCUUUCCAUUGAUCUCAAGAUCCAUGUGGCUCAUUGGUACAACGUCAGAUAUCGGGGAACUGCUUUUCCAGUGGAAAUUACUCGGCGUGAUGACCUUGUUGAACGACCUGACCCUGUCGUUUUGGCAUUUGAUAUUGAGACAACUAAACUGCCCCUCAAGUUUCCUGAUGCUGAGACAGACCAGAUUAUGAUGAUCUCCUACAUGAUUGAUGGGCAGGGCUACCUCAUCACUAAUAGGGAGAUUGUGUCAGAAGAUAUUGAAGAUUUCGAGUUUACCCCUAAGCCAGAAUACGAAGGGCCCUUUUGUGUCUUCAAUGAACCUGAUGAGGUCCAUCUAAUCCAGAGAUGGUUUGAACAUGUCCAGGAGACCAAACCCACUGUCAUGGUCACCUACAAUGGUGAUUUUUUUGAUUGGCCAUUUGUGGAAGCCAGGGCAGCAGUUCACGGCCUGAGCAUGUACCAGGAGAUAGGCUUCCAGAAGGACAGCCAGGGGGAAUAUAAGGCACCACAGUGCAUCCACAUGGACUGCCUCAGGUGGGUGAAGAGGGACAGCUACCUUCCAGUGGGCAGUCAUAAUCUCAAGGCAGCUGCCAAGGCAAAGCUUGGCUAUGACCCUGUAGAACUGGACCCUGAGGACAUGUGCCGGAUGGCCACGGAGCAGCCCCAGACUCUGGCCACUUAUUCAGUGUCAGAUGCUGUUGCCACUUACUAUCUGUACAUGAAGUAUGUCCAUCCCUUCAUAUUCGCCCUUUGCACCAUUAUUCCCAUGGAACCUGAUGAGGUGCUUCGGAAGGGCUCCGGCACACUUUGUGAGGCCUUGCUGAUGGUGCAGGCCUUCCAUGCCAACAUCAUCUUCCCCAACAAGCAAGAGCAGGAGUUCAACAAGUUAACAGAGGAUGGCCAUGUGCUGGAUUCUGAGACCUAUGUUGGGGGCCAUGUGGAAGCUCUGGAAUCUGGUGUCUUUCGCAGUGACAUCCCCUGUCGAUUUAGGAUGAAUCCUGCUGCCUUUGACUUCCUGCUGCAGCGAGUUGAAAAGACCAUGCGUCAUGCCAUUGAGGAAGAGGAGAAGGUGCCAGUGGAGCAAGCCACCAACUUUCACGAGGUGUGUGAACAGAUUAAGACCAAGCUCACUUCUCUGAAGGAUGUUCCUAACCGAAUUGAGUGUCCCCUUAUCUACCACCUGGAUGUGGGGGCCAUGUACCCCAACAUUAUCCUCACAAACCGCCUGCAGCCCUCUGCUAUGGUGGAUGAGGCCACCUGCGCAGCCUGUGACUUCAACAAGCCUGGAGCAAACUGCCAAAGGAAGAUGGCCUGGCAGUGGAGGGGCGAAUUCAUGCCUGCCAGUCGCAGUGAAUACCAUCGGAUCCAACACCAGCUGGAGUCAGAGAAGUUCCCUGCCCUGUUCCCUGACGGGCCAACACGGGCCUUUCAUGAGCUGUCUCGUGAGGAACAGGCUAAAUAUGAGAAGCGGAGACUGGCAGAUUAUUGCCGGAAAGCUUACAAGAAAGUCCAUGUCACCAAGGUGGAGGAACGCUUCACUACCAUCUGCCAGCGGGAAAAUUCCUUCUAUGUGGACACAGUGCGGGCCUUCCGGGACAGGCGGUACGAGUUCAAAGGGCUACACAAGGUGUGGAAAAAGAAGCUCUCAGCAGCCAUGGAAAUGGGCGAUGCAGCUGAGGUGAAGCGCUGCAAAAAUAUGGAGAUCCUGUAUGACUCACUGCAACUGGCUCACAAGUGCAUCCUGAACUCCUUCUAUGGCUACGUCAUGCGCAAGGGUGCUCGCUGGUACUCUAUGGAGAUGGCUGGCAUUGUCUGCUUCACGGGAGCCAACAUCAUUACCCAGGCACGGGAGCUGAUUGAACAGAUUGGGAGGCCUUUAGAACUGGACACAGAUGGAAUAUGGUGUGUUCUGCCCAAUAGCUUUCCAGAAAAUUUUGUUAUCCAGACAACCAAUGCAAAGAAGCCCAAGGUGACCAUUUCCUACCCUGGAGCCAUGUUAAACAUCAUGGUCAAGGAAGGCUUCACCAAUGACCAGUAUCAGGAACUGGCAGAGCCUUCCUCGCUCACCUAUAUCACACGCUCAGAGAACAGCAUCUUUUUUGAGGUUGAUGGACCCUAUCUUGCCAUGAUCCUUCCGGCCUCCAAGGAAGAAGGAAAGAAAUUAAAGAAAAGAUAUGCGGUAUUCAAUGAAGAUGGAUCCCUGGCUGAGCUAAAAGGCUUUGAGGUCAAACGCCGUGGGGAGCUACAGCUAAUUAAAAUUUUCCAAUCUUCAGUGUUUGAGGCCUUCCUCAAAGGUAGUACACUAGAAGAGGUGUAUGCCUCUGUAGCCAAGGUGGCUGACUACUGGCUGGACGUGCUGUAUAGUAAGGCAGCUAACAUGCCUGACUCAGAGCUGUUUGAGCUGAUCUCAGAAAACCGUUCCAUGUCCCGGAAGCUGGAAGAUUAUGGGGAGCAAAAAUCCACAUCCAUCAGCACAGCAAAGCGUCUUGCUGAGUUCCUUGGAGACCAGAUGGUCAAAGAUGCAGGGCUGAGCUGUCGCUAUAUCAUCUCCCGCAAACCCGAGGGCUCUCCUGUUACUGAGAGAGCCAUCCCACUUGCCAUUUUUCAAGCAGAGCCCACUGUGAGGAAACACUUUCUUCGAAAAUGGCUAAAGAGCUCAUCCCUUCAAGAUUUUGAUAUACGGACAAUUCUAGACUGGGACUACUACAUCGAAAGACUGGGGAGUGCCAUCCAGAAGAUCAUCACCAUCCCCGCAGCUCUGCAACAGGUGAGAAACCCAGUGCCUCGUGUCAAGCAUCCAGAUUGGCUGCACAGAAAACUACUGGAGAAGAACGAUGUCUACAAGCAGAAGAAAAUUAGUGACCUCUUUGUCCUUGAGGGCAAGAGACAGGUUGUGGCGGCCCAGGUCACUGAAGGCAGCCCAAGGGCAAGUGCUCCCGAUAUGGAGGACUUUGGUCUCACAAAGCAACUCCACUCAGCAGUUCCAGUUGCUACUAAGAGGAAGCGAGUUCUUUGGGAGAGCCAACAGGAGUCUCAGGACCUUGAGCUGACUGUUCCCUGGAAGGAGAUCUUGGGGCAGCCUCCUAUCCUCGGAACUACUCAGGAAGAAUGGCUGGUCUGGCUUCAGUUUCACAAGAAGAAAUGGCAGCUACAGGCCCGACAGCGCCUCGCCCGCAGGAAGAGACAGCGUCUGGAAUUGACAGAGGGUACAUCAAGGCAUGGACCCAUCCGAGAGGGGCCUGUCACAGGGUUGGGGAGCUUCUUGCGGAAAACUGCUCGCAGCAUCUUGGACCUUCCAUGGCAGAUUGUGCAGAUCAGUGAGACCAACCAGGCUGGCUUGUUCAGACUAUGGGCCAUCAUCGGCAAUGACUUGCACUGUAUCAAGCUAAACAUCCCUCGAGUAUUCUACGUGAACCAGAGGGUGGCCAAAGUGGAGGAGGGACCUUCAUAUCGCAAGGUAAAUCGGGCUCUUCCUCGUUCCAACAUGGUCUACAAUCUCUAUGAGUAUUCAGUACCGGAAGAUAUGUACCAAGAACACAUCAACGAGAUCAACACAGAAUUGUCCGCACCAGACAUCGAGGGCGUGUAUGAGACUCAGGUCCCAUUGCUGUUCCGGGCUCUUGUGCAGCUGGGGUGUGUAUGUGUGGUCAACAAACAGCUGGUGAGGCACCUUUCAGGCUGGGAAGCUGACACUUUUGCCCUUGAACACCUGGAGAUGCGUUCUUUGGCUCAGUUCAGCUACCUGGAACCAGGGAGUAUCCGCCACAUCUACUUGUACCACCACUCACAGGGUCACAAAGCCCUCUUUGGAGUCUUCAUCCCCUCACAGAGCAGAGCAUCUGUGUUUGUGUUGGACACUGUUCGUAGCAACCAGAUGCCCAGCCUCAGUGCUUUGUACUCAGCAGAGCACAACCUACUGCUAGAAAAGAUGGGCCCUGAGCUCCUGCCUCCCCCCAAACAUACUUUUGAAGUUCGGGCUGAAACCAGCCUGAAGACCAUCUGUAGAGCCAUUCAGCGCUUCCUGCUGGCCUACAAGGAGGAACGCCGGGGUCCUACACUCAUUGCUGUCCACUCCAACUGGGAGCUGCGAAGACUGGCCAGUGAGGUUCCUGUCUUGGAGGAGUUCCCAUUAGUGCCUGUCCGAGUGGCUGAAAAGAUCAGCUAUGGAGUCCUGGACUGGCAGCGCCAUGGAGCCCGCCGCAUGAUCCGGCACUACCUCAACCUUGACACCUGCCUGUCACAGGCCUUUGAGAUGAGUAGGUACUUUCACAUUCCUAUUGGAAAUCUGCCAGAAGACAUUUCCACCUUUGGCUCUGACCUCUUCUUUGCACGGCACCUCCAGCGCCACAACCACCUGCUCUGGCUAUCCCCUACUUCCCGUCCAGACCUGGGAGGGAAGGAGGCAGAUGACAACCGCCUGGUCAUGGAAUUUGAUGACCGAGCCACUGUAGAGAUCAACAAUUCUGGCUGUUACUCCACUGUAUGUGUGGAGCUGGACAUUCAGAACCUGGCAGUCAACACCAUCCUCCAGUCUCACCACAUCAAUGAUAUGGAAGGGGCUGGCAGCAUGGGCAUCAGCUUUGACGUGAUCCAGCAGGCCUCUCUGGAAGACAUGGUCACAGGAAAUCAGCCCUCCAAUGCUCCAGCCAGCUACGAUGAGACAGCCCUCUGCUCCAGUACCUUCAGGAUCCUGAAGAGCAUGGUGGUGGGCUGGGUGAAAGAGAUUACACAGUACCACAACAUCUAUGCUGACAACCAGGUGAUGCACUUCUACCGCUGGCUCCGAUCACCAUGCUCCCUGCUGCAUGACCCUGCCCUACAUCGGACACUACAUGGCAUGAUGAAGAAGCUCUUUCUACAGCUUGUUGCUGAGUUCAAGCGCCUGGGGUCAUCAGUCAUCUAUGCCAAUUUUAACCGCAUCAUCCUCUGUACGAAGAAGCGCCGGAUUGAGGAUGCCAUUGCCUAUGUGGAGUAUAUUACCAACAGCAUCCAUUCUAAAGAGAUCUUCCAUUCCCUGGCAAUUUCUUUCUCCCGAUGCUGGGAAUUUCUUCUCUGGAUGGAUCCAUCUAACUAUGGUGGAAUCAAAGGAAAAGUUCCCAGCAGUAUUCACUGUGGACAGCAAAACUCCCAGGCUGGGGAAGGAGCUGAGGAUAAGCAGGAGGAUGAGGAGGAAGAGGAAGAGGAAGAAGAGAGUGUGGAAGAAUCUGAGGUGGAGGAGUUACUGGAAAACAACUGGAAUAUUUUGCAGUUUUUGCCACAGGCAGCCUCCUGCCAAAGUUACUUCCUCAUGAUUGUUUCAGCAUAUAUCGUGGCUGUGUACCACAGCAUGAAGGAUGAGCUGAGGCGUAGUGCCCCAGGUAGCACCCCUGUGAAGAGGAGGGGGCCCAGCCAGUUCUCCCAGGAGACCGAGGCGGCAGCAGGAGCCCUUCCUGGAAUGAUCACUUUCUCUCAAGAUUAUGUGGCAAAUGAGCUCACUCAGAGCUUCUUCACCAUCACUCAGAAGAUUCAAAAGAAAAUCACAGGCUCUCGGAACUCAACAGAGCCUUCAGAGAUGUUUCCUGUCCUCCCGGGCUCACACUUGCUGCUCAACAAUCCUGCUCUGGAGUUCAUCAAAUACGUCUGCAAGGUACUGUCUCUGGACACAAACAUCACAAACCAGGUGAACAAGCUGAGCAGAGAUUUGCUUCGCUUGGUGGACGUUGGCGAGUUCUCUGAGGAAGCCCAAUUCAGAGACCCCUGUCGCUCCUAUGUGCUCCCUGAGAUGAUCUGUCACAGCUGUAAUUUCUGUCGAGACCUGGACCUAUGCAAAGACUCCUCCUUCUCUCAGGAUGGAACUGUCCUUCCUCAGUGGCUCUGUCCCAACUGCCAGGCUGCCUACGACUCAGCUGCCAUUGAGGCAGCCCUGGUAGAAGCUCUGCAGAGGAAGCUGAUGGCCUUCACUCUGCAGGACCUUAUCUGCCUGAAGUGCCAUGGUGUGAAGGAGGCCCACAUGCCUGUGUACUGCAGCUGCGCAGGAGACUUUGCCCUCACCAUCCACACUCAGAUCUUCAUGGAACAAAUUGGAAUCUUUCAGAACAUUGCCCGGCAUUAUGGCAUGUUAUACCUUCAGGAGACCCUGGAGUGGCUACUGCAGACAGGUCCUCUCUCUAAGUCUUAGCAAGCCCAGGCCGAGGACAUCUUGGCAUCUGCAUCAGGGACCCUGUGCUCCAAGUGGCUGUGUACCUGACCACCUGACUUUCCAUGGCCAGAGUCCAGGCAAUGGGAAGCAGACCACAGAGAACACCGUGAUGGCACGAACUAGAACAGAGUAGGGAAUGACUCCAUCAACAGGUGCCUGCUGAAGCACAUCAUGAGCCAAGAAGAAAAAAAAAAAUCCUAAGGGUCUUUUCCCACAAAUAAACGUGUUUUGAGGCAUGUGCUUUGUGGACCCUGCUAAGUGAUGUGAAAGUCCUUCCACAGUACCCUUGCUCCCUCCCAGCUC